CUAACAUCAAGUUAUUGUCCACAUAUAUAGUCCUUUUAUCAGAGACCAUCCACGGACACCCGAAGAGAGUCGCGUACCUGCUAAGAGACUACAACUGACUUCUGGGCAUGACCAACGUGGAAAGACCGCUAGACGAUAUGGUGCUAAAUGGUCAAGCUUUAUUACCACUGGCACUCUUGCAAAGAGUCCAAAAUGAUAUCCCUCGUUCUAUCCCCUCAUUAAAUGACGGGACCGCGAAAAAGGAUCCAAUUAUGAGGGACCUUUUGAAAUUAACUCCUCAUGGAGUCGAUAUAGUCACUGAAAAGGGACCUGGAUCUCAAAGAUUCCUAUUAUCCAUCAAUCAUUACUCCUACCAACUCCAAGAAUUUCUCUUUUUGUUGAAUGAUAAACAAGGGUUGGAUGAAAAUGAUCGAAUCUCUAUCGAGGCUAAUCUUUUCGAAUUAACGUCUUAUAUCCCCAAACCCCCAUCGUCCAAGUUUGACGUGGUGGUCAACAAGGAUGCAAAUUCGUACUACCCGAAUAACCAACUCUCAAAGAUCGUCAUUGAUAACUAUCAACAACUUCUCAAGCUUUCCUCCACCUAUUUCAACAUGUCGUUGGCUUCUCAUAUCACAAAGUAUAUGGUUGAACUUAUUUAUUCACUUCAAUAUUGGGAGAUUUAUCAUCUUCUUUACCUUUUACCCGAGUUGGAGUAUUUCUUGAAGUUGUGUGAUAUCGAGGUUACCCAGACUCCAUUUGGUCCCUUGGUCCGUCCUCCAAGCAAUCUUUUCAAGGAGUCCAUGUCUCAAGGGUUUGAUUAUCCAUUCCCAUAUCCAUUCUACAACUAUUCAUGUCAUUCCAUGGACCCUGAAGUUAGGAAAAGAAAGUUUGAGAGAAUAAAUAUUGUUCCUUAUAUCGAUAUAACGUUGAAGAAUAUUCCUGAACCAACUAGAAAGAGAAAGAAGAGCGCCACACCUUUGGAGAGCAAGACGCCAAUUGUGAAAAUAUUGGAUGAGAAUACUCCAUCCCACGUCGCUAUUCCUACUAUACACAAUCCUGCGAACCAGAAUAUUAUUAAUACUACGAUUACUAGUGGUACCAAUGGCACUCCUAGUAAUAUUAACCCUAUUGCUACGUCAAACGUUAAUAUCAACAAUAAUUCCACCAACACUAAUACUAAUAACAAUAACAAUGCCAGCACUGACUACAGCGACCUUGAAGGUAGCGAUGAUGAAGAAGCUAGUGCUUUGCGUGCUGAAGAUGAUAGAAGUCCUACAAUGGAAGUGGGAGAAGUCGAUGAAGAAGGAGCCAAGAGAAGCGCUCAAAAGAAUAAGUCGGGUGUUAUACACCAAUGUCAUUUGAUUGAUCCAAGUUCAUUACAACCAUGUCUCAAGAUUUUCUAUGGUAAGAAUGAACUUUUAAGACAUCAAGAGUUUGUUCAUGCCACAAAGAAGAAGAUCUACAAGUGUAUUUAUUGUUCCAGGAAUGGGACUAAAGUUCUGAGUUACCCACGUCACGAUUCAUUAGCCAGACAUAUCCGUAGAAAGCACGGGAUCACCGGGAAGGAGAACAAGAUGGCUGUCAAUUAUGCGAAGGAGAAUGUGGAGAUCAUUGAUGAUCCAAGUAAAAUGUCCGGCCCAACUCCAUAUGAUAAUCAAGCACAAAUACUGGCCAGAGCACAGGCUGAGUUUGAAGCCAAGGUGAAGGCACAAAUGAAGGCCUUGAGUGAAGUUCCUGAACCACGUGUCACUACCAAGCUUCCUGAAGAAAGACACGAGUCUGCCGAAGAUGUCGUUGCCUCCACUUCUGCCAUUUCUCUGCCAGUGGCUCCACUUUCAGCUGAUAAAUCAGAAACUGUAUCACUUCCACCAACUUCCGCAUCGUCCUUGGCACCAGCUCCAUAUGCUUCUGAGUUCCCCAAACAACCCACGUAUACUGGAUUUCUUCUGUUCAACACCAAGCAAGACCAACGACCACAAGACCCUCCAAACGGACCUGGAAUCCCUGUACGUAGAUAUUCAAGACAUUCAGACGCUGGGGUAGAACCUAUCAUCAAUGUGGAAAAUGUGAAUUUCAAUAAACCUGAAAGUUCUGCAUUGAAGGAAAAUUUCCAAAAAUUCAGAUUAUCAAAUUCUCCAAAUUCAGCCAGUGUUAUUCCACUGGUUAUGCUUCCGAAGGAGUCUACAAGUCCCUUGAUGAAGAGAAUGUCUUAUAUAGAAGAGAAAGUUGGAGCUAGACUCCCAGGAAUUGGGAUGUAUAUGAACCUGGAUUGGGACUAUAGACGUCAACAAGAGGCCAGUGUACAUGGUUCUCCACCAAACAUCCAUCAGAGUCCUAAGCCACACUUUCAGAACUCAACUUCUGAAUUGAAUGAUCGUUCUUUACCACCAACUUCAAAUUCGUCGUCAACAUCAUCUGUACCACUCUCGACACAACCCAAACUUCCAACACUUCCACAACUCGUGGGAACACCAUCACAAACAAGGGUGGUGGGACUCCCACCACCAUCACAAUUAACGGUGGGUCCUGGACCUCAUGGUAAGGCAAUCACACCAUUCCAAUCCCCACCUCAGCAUUUCCCCACGCAUCUACAAGAACAACCAUUUACUCCUCACGACAAGAUGAAGGAAUCCGAAAAGUAAGACAAUCU